UCUGUGUUAUGAUUUAUGAAUGAAAAAUAAAAAUUUGUUGCUUCACGUCAGCCAGUCGGCUGUAUAUUUUUAAUUAUUUUUUCAAAACAAUUGCUGCAAAAGUACUGAUUUUCAGUUUAGUAGACAAAUUCAAAUUUACCACUAACACCCAAACAUGGAUUAUAUUGCCUCUGAAAAGGGAGACACGGCAGAAAAUCAAGACCCUAACUCUUUAGUAGCAAACGGCAGCUCUAAGCCCGAUAUAGAAAGCAAACCUCGUGUUGAUAAUGGAAAGUCACAUAUCGAAGCUCCCACAGAGAAUGCUUCGUGUGCUUCGGAACCGGCGGAGGACUCGGAACUUUGCGAGAUCCCGGAACAAGUCGAAUUUACUGUAGUCUUUAACAAAAAUAAACACGACAUCACAUUUGCAUAUGAUGCAACAGUGUUAGAACUUAAAGCUCAUUUAGAGAGAAUAUGCGGCGUCCCACAGUCCGCCCAGAAACUAAUAAUCAAAGGCAUGGCAAAGGAUAAUGUCACUUUGAGGAACUCUGGAGUAGUUAAGGGUGGAAAAGUCAUGCUAGUUGGAUCUAAAAUGGAUGAUAUUUUGGCUGUGAAAAGUGCACCAAAGGAAAUACUAGAAGAAAAGAAUAGUAGUCAGUCAAGCAAGGAACCUCUAUGCAUGCAAAAAAUUCACAGGAAAGUUUUGGACAAGGGUAUUCCCCCAGAUGUCAUGCCUGGAAUUAAAGGAGUUAAGGAACCCUUACCCCCUGUGCCAUUAAGUGGGAUGUUAAAUAAACACGGAGGUAAAGUGAGGCUCACAUUCAAGCCUGAACAGGACCAGCUGUGGCUUGGAACCAAAGAACGUACUGAAAAACUUGCCAUGACUUCUAUCAAAAGUAUUACAUCAGAACCAAUAAAAGAUCAUGAAGAAUAUCAUAUUAUGGGACUGCAACUUGGACCUACAGAAGCAUCGAGGUAUUGGGUGUACUGGGUACCAGCACAGUAUAUUGAAGCCAUAAAAGAUGCAGUACUUGGUGUGUGGCAAUUCUUCUAAUAACAAUAAUGUAAUAACGGUCUGCUGUAUCUAACGUCUGUGAGCUACUUGGGUAGUUGCAAUAUGUAUAAAUUAUAAAUGUCCGUGUUAUGCCCUAGCACAUGUAUGUAUAUUUCAUGUUUUAUAUUUAGAAGAACAGGCGACUUAUACAAUUUUACUGUAUUGAUAAACCACAAUACAGUUAGUGCUAGGGUCCAUCUCUCUUAUACAGAAUACUGUCGAAAUUACUAACGUUUUGAUAAAAAGUAAUUGUCAAACCCUUUUUAUCUUGAUUUUUUAAUACAGUUUUAUAAUAAGUGUAUUUGUUGAAAAUUUCAAAAUACUGUAUCGAGCCGUUGUUGGUACUAUUUAUUUUGUGAUAUCAUUAUGCUGUGUCAAUUAAAAAUUGUCCAUUGAUAAAAUAAAUUUGGCACCUAUCUGGUCAUUUGUGAGAAUUUUUAUUUGCUAUUGUAAAAUUGCAUUUUAUGCCUUUGGGGUUUUGAGCUGUAAUAUAUUGCUAUUACUGAAUACUCGGUACACCAGUACCGCGCGUUCACAAUUCAUGAGCUUAUUGUCCUGUGUUUCAAAACCUGAUCUCUAUUUGAACUUUAUAAAAUUAACUCACACUGAAGGAUUGGCCGGAAUAUUGCAACAACAAAAAUUUCUCUUUAGUUUUCUCUAUUUUAGCAUACAAAAAUUUAUAAUAUGAUUUCGUUUAUUAUAUUCCUACGAAUCCUUCAUGCGAAUUUGAUCAUAGAAUUAGAUAUAAAAACAUUUUAAAUUA